AUGUCUACCGAACUGUUUUCUAAAUUAUUAAGCCAAAAUUAUAUUGAACUACUAAAAGAUAAUGAAUAUUAUGAUAAUACAAUUGAAGUCGGUGAAGACCCUAAUGUAAAAAUAUUUCGUGCUCAUAUGAAUAUUUUAUGUUAUCGUUCUCCAUAUUUACGAAGAACUUUGGCUUCUAAUAAAAAGAAUGUCAAUGAUGUUUUAUCGCAUAUUAAAUUACCAAAUAUAUCACCGGACAUUUUUCGAAUUAUUUUAAGGUAUAUUUAUGGUGGUAUUCUUUCAUUAAACGGACAAGAAACUUCAGAUAUUUUAAAAAUAUUGAUAGCUGCAGAAGUGCUUC